AUGGCUUCUGUCCGGAUCCAAGCAUUGCUGCAAGAGCCCGACCUCGCCGGCUCUGAGAAACGCACACUCGACUUCCUGAAUGCGAGUUUCACCACACUCGGACACCUAGACGACCAGCCAGACCUCAAUCACACGGUCGAGCAGGCGCGACAGGGGAGGGAUCAGCUGAAGGCCCAACUCUCUCAAUUCCGAAUAGACGUGGACGCGCUGAUCGUGCAGUCCCGAAGUGAUGCACAGACCCAGCUGCACACUGCGCAGGAGCUGUCGCUGCUGCGACACUCGCUGGCGGACGAACUGUCGUCUCUCUCGGAAGAGCUGGUCUCGUCUCUCGCUGCGUCUGACGGCAAGCCGACCCUGUUGGAAAAUCUCGAGACCCUGCACCGCCUCCUGAAGGAGCUUGAGAGUGUCAGGAGUUAUGUGCAAAUAAUUGAACGUGCUUUGAAGCUAAGCGCCUCUGCCGUCGAGCAGAUACGCUCCUCGUCUUCACUGUCAUCUCUGAGUGAAUACGAAGCCCUUCAGCAGUUCAUAGCGUCAGUGCAUACAGCAUGUGUUCAGGUGGAGGACUCCGCAGGUCAGGGGAAUCUACAAAUUCUCUCCUUCCUCGACAGUGUCAGAGAGCAGACCUGGUUGGACAUCAAGAAUGUGGUAUCGGCGGCCCUACUGUCCGCUUCCGAAAAGCUUCACUGGCCAACGCCUGUGGAUUACGUUUCCGUAACGGACGAGGAUAGGAAUAUGUUCCAAAGCGCUUUCCUCAAUCUCCUAAAGCUUCAGACCAUGGGAGAAAAACUUCACGCAUCGGCAAAGGGAAAGGGUGUGGAAAGGGAAGGUCUCUAUGCAAUUCAGGCCCUGGUCCAGCCUGUAUCUCUUCGGUUCAAGUAUCACUUUGAAGGGACACGGCAGACGAACAGGCUUGAUAAACCUGAAUGGUACUUCGCUCAUAUCCUCAAUGUCUCGCAUGAACACCGCCCUUUCAUGGAAACCACAGUACAACACCUGUUGAAUGGUACACAAUACAGGGGAAUCAUUGCUUGGCGGGAGUUUACUAUGCUCCUCCUCCCUCUCCUCGCCCGCAAACUGCGACAUACCGUUCCCUCUUUGCUGACCCAUCCACCAGUACUUGCACACACCAUCUACCAAGCACUCACUUUCGACAGCACGAUCAAAGAUGAGGGAUUCGACCUCUACGGGACGACGGCUGAAAAACACGCGACCGAUGUUCCCGUGCAUGACAGGGAAGACAAGAAAACGCAGUGGGAGGGCAUCAGUGAAGUAAUUCUAGGGAGAAGGGAAUGGUUCGAAGCAUGGUUAGAAGGGGAGAGAAAAUUCGCCAUGGACCAAUACAUGGAGAUCAUUAUGGCUCCGGACGCGUGGCUCAUAGCGGACGAUGAGGGUGAAGGUGACGAUACCCCAGCGAUCAACCAUGAGCUGAAGCCCACAAACUCUGCAAGGAGAGUCAAGGCGUUGGUGGAACAAGUCACAGAUCGUUAUUCUCCCUUACCCCAAUUCACGCAUCGUACUCGCUUCCUGAUCGCAGUGCAGCUUCCUCUUUUAGAGUCUUAUCACGCUCGCAUAUCGGCCUCUCUGGAUGCCUUCGAGACCCUUUCCUCUAGCUUCAUGCGCGCUGUGCCAGGCGCCCUCAACACCGUGGGGGGUGGCAAUGAUGCUUCGGGGCGACCGGGAGACAGCAAAAACCUGACAAGCGGCGUACAGGGCGUGCAGAGGCUAUGCAAGGCGCUGCUGAGUGCGAAAUAUAUGGCAUCUGCCCUUGAAGCUUGGGGUGAGGAGUUGUUCUUCCUUGAAUUGUGGGAAGAAAUCAAUCGCAGGGCGUCCUUGCGUUCUCGUGUAGAGGCUGAAGCCUCGCUGCCCAGCCCGAAGGGCAACGAUGCUGACUCCGAUCUUCCAGAGGGCACCAUCUUCGAGCAACUGGUUACAUUCUACAAUAAUCUGACACAUCGCGCUGAAGACAUGGUUGUCCAUUGUGUCUGCGGAGAGGUGGAGGGCAGUUACAAGGCUCACAUCUCCGGUGGUUCAACGCAUGUCACCAGCGCUGGCGCCGAAGACAGCAUCUCACUUCCACCAACGCUCCUGGCGCCGAUUGCAUUGCUCUCUUCGCACCUAUCAUACCUUAAUCCUACUCUCCCUCAUACGAUUAUGUCCGCUCUGUAUCGGCGGAUCGCGUCGCAUAUCUCCUUGCAUAUUCUCCAGCGCCAAAUUCUAUAUCGCGGCCGCGGGCGGAUCGGCCUGCAGGAGAGCAAAAUCAUCCUGGCAGAGUGCGAACUCUGGGUGGAGACUUGCCGGCUCGCGUUGGCUCGCGAUGAGCGGGCACGCGCCGAAGCGCCGUGGAGGCCGUUACUUCAGGCUGGUCGUUUAUUGUGUGUCGAAGGAGAGGCAUUCGCGAAGGUCACGGACAAGUGCUUUGGUGUAGCUGGGGACUAG